UCUCUUUUUCGACAAAAUGAAAUAAAUUGUGCUAAUAAAUUUGAAACCAUUCCACAUUUAAUGUGGAAUUAAAGCAGAUAUAUGUGUCUAAACUGUAUAAUAUUCAUCUACUGGCAGAAGAGAAGCGUAUACUUUAUGAGAUAAAAGUUACAUUGUUUUCUCGACGUUAAUGCAUCGAGCAAAUAGAGAAACCGCAGGUGUUAUUAAUAAUUGAAUAGGUGCGUGAUGUACGCAUUAACAGGGUGAUAACGCGCAAACAAAGCCAGCUGUUAUGCAAGGUUAAGCACAGGUACCGAGUAUAAAAGGAAACGCCAAGUGGUCUACUAUAUUCAGUCUGUAAUUUGAUUUGGGUUCGGUUAUCGAAUUACGACGAUUAAAAUGAUGAAGUUUAUUAUUUUACUGAUUGUCGGUAUAAUCGCCAGACAGGCAUACGCCGAUGAACCUGAAGCUAUUAUGGGUGGAAAUAACGCAGCGCCAGGUCAGUUUAAAUAUCAAGUCUCUAUUCAGCACGGUUCACGGCACGGUGAACUGUACGGUCAACAUAUUUGCGGAGGCUGUCUUAUUAGCGAAUUCCAUGUCGUCACUGCUGCACAUUGUGUACCGGAAGAUAAAAAUACAUGGAGAUCCAUGAGAGUUAUAACUGGGGCCCUCUGGUCGAUAAACAACGACGGCGAAAGUCACGAGAUCAAGUGCAUUUCUACGCAUCCGAACUACACUGGUGACAUAAAUACAGGUUUGAAGCAUGAUAUCGCUUUGAUCACUUUGGUAACGCCAGCUUCGACGAACAAUGUUCAAGCUCCGAUUCGUCUAGCGAGUAGGGAUUAUGCCACUGGCCAAUAUCGUGGUAUAAUAAGCGGAUGGGGAAAGACAACUAUGGACUCAGACAUGUCGCCGAUGCUUCAAUGGGUCCAAACCAAUGUUCUGAGCCAGUCUGAAUGCUUACAAACGUACCAUCCAAAUACGAUUCCACAACAGAUAUGCACUUUAGAGAAGGCUGGAACAGGUGCCUGUACCGGUGACAGCGGUGGCCCUCUCGUUGUCAACGGUGAGCUCUGUGGUGUCGUAUCUUGGACCGUACCUUGCGCCAAGGGUAGCCCUGAUGUAUUUACUAAUUUGUUUUAUUAUCGGGACUUUAUGAUAGAUAGUGUAAACAAAUGUGCACAUAUGUGAGUCGAAUAAUCACAUUCGGAUAGCAAUCUAUAUUCCAGAUAUUUCCUAGUGUUUUUAGUUGCCGUGCGUGAAACACGUCGGUCUCAUCACUACGAUUUUCCAUAGAAAUAACAUAGAAACAUAAAAUACACACAAUAAAAAUACUAUCCAAAAUGAA